AUGGAGUGCGAAAAGAAGAGGCUUGAUAGUCCGUCUUUCUAUACUAUCGGUUGGAUCGCGGCCCUUGCCAUCGAGCAGGCAGCAGCAAGGGCACUACUGGAUGAGGAACACUCUGAACCAAACAACUUUCAUCCAUCUCCUUCGGAUACGAAUAAUUAUAUCUGGGGUCGCGUAGGAAAACACAACGUUGUCAUCGCUUCUCUACCAGCAGGAGUCUAUGGAACAACCUCCGCUGCCACCACCGCAUCGGAUCUUGUACACUCUCUGCCGCAAAUCCGUUUUGGUCUCUUGGUCGGUAUUGGUGGAGCUAUAGCCAGGCCAAACGAUGAUCAGGAUAUUAGACUUGGCGAUGUUGUCGUUGGUCAGCCGCACGGUGUAACUGGCGGCGUUGUGCAGUAUGACUUUGGCAAGGCGAGAGCGAAUGGGAUUUGGGAACGGACAGGUUCGCUUGACAAACCACCUGCAGUCCUAUUGAAAGCUCUGGCGAAUUUGCAGGCUGAGCAUGAGAUUCGACCUUCCAAAAUAUCACGACUCGUCGAGAGUAUGCUGACAGCUAACCCUGGCAUGAAACGACCCGGCAGUAACUUCACAUACCAGGGCUCAGAGAACGACCGUCUUUUCCCAUCAGACUAUGAACACGUUGGUGGGAAGACAUGUGCCAAGUGCGAUGUCUCCCGCCAAAUCUCUCGUGAGGAACGGGAAACCACAGAACCGAUGAUCCAUUAUGGAGUUAUUGCUUCGGGCAACACUCUUAUUAAGGACGCCAAGUUCAGAGAUAGCCUCGCAGAGAGCAUAGGCUAUCAAUGCCUAUGUGUCGAGAUGGAAGCUGUAGGCUUGGUUGACAAGUUCCCAUGUCUUGUUAUUCGCGGUAUCUGCGAUUAUGCCGACAGCCACAAGAACGAUCAGUGGCAAAGAUACGCAGCAUCUACUGCUGCCGCAUUUGCUGUAGAGCUUCUUAGUUACGUUCCUGAGCGGCAACUCAAAGAGUCUCCACGAGUUCUUGAGAUACUGCAGUCACUGGAAGGUAAAGUGGAUUCCUUGAGCCAUCAAAUACAGCAGACCGAUCUCACCUCAACUCUUGACCAACUCCCCUUUGUAGCUGAAGCUAUAUUUAACUCUUACGCCGAGGAGCAUAGGCCGAGAUGUCUACCAGAGACACGUGUUCAGCUUCUCACUGAGAUAGACGAAUGGGUCACGAGUGCUGAGUCAAAGACCAUAUUCUGGCUGAAUGGUAUGGCAGGAACAGGGAAGUCAACAAUAUCACGUACUGUGGCACAACGGCAGUUGGAGCGAGACUGUCUUGGUGCAAACUUCUUCUUCAAAAGAGGAGAGGCAAGCCGGGGGAAUAUGUCAAAACUGAUUCCUACCCUGGUACGGCAAUUAGCAAUGUAUAUCCCUGGUAUGAUCGGUUUGAUCCAAAAGGCCAUCGAUGCCGAUCCGUCACUCCCAACGAGAACUGUUUCGGAACAGUUUGGGAAGCUUCUCAGAGAGCCUCUGGAGAAGCUUGCCGCUUCCUCACCAGAUCCAACGUCCUUUGUUUUCGUCAUAGACGCUCUUGAUGAGUGUGAAGGGGAAUUUCAUAUCAAGCGUUUACUUUCACUUAUCGCUGAACUGGGAUGCCUAGAUUCGCUAAAACUCAGAGUCUUCAUUACGAGCAGACCAGAACUUCCGAUACAGCUUGGAUUCUCAGACAUCAACGGCAUGUACCAGAGUCUUGAGCUCCACAGCAUUUCACAAGACAUCAUGGAGCAUGAUAUAUCUAUCUUUCUUCACCAUGAGUUGGGCAUCAUUCGAAAGAACUUCAAUUUUGUGGUUCGCAAUGAGCAACGGCUAUCUGAGCUGUGGCCGGGCACAGUCAAGAUUGAACAGCUUGUUUCUAAGACACAACCCCUCUUCAUCGCUGCGGCAACUGUUUGUCGGUUCCUAAAUGAUGCUACUCUUGGUAGCCCGGAUCAGCUUCUAGUAAGGAUUCUUGAGUCCAAUAGCCGCACGCAUAUGUCUCGCCUCAACGACAUCUACUCCUCCAUUCUCGCCUCACAGGUGGUCAAUAGACCGAGGAGAGAGCGAGAAGAGAUUGUCAAAAGCUUCCAAUCAAUCGUUGGUGCCAUCGUCACAUUAGCAACCCCGCUGACAAUCAAUUCUCUAUCAUUAUUGCUUCGUAUCUCUACCACGACAAUUGACAUGAGAAUCAAGGUUCUUCAGUCUGUUCUGGACGUACCCAAAACACCAGAAGUUCCCGUUAGGAUCCUGCAUCUAUCAUUCAGAGAUUAUCUCGUGGAUCCUGAUUUACAAGGAGCCACGGACUUCUGGGUGGACGAAAAGGCCACACACAGAAGGCUGGCAAGUCGUUGCCUCUUCGUCAUGGACUCGAUACUUUAUGAAAACAUUUGCAGACUGCCCUUUCCGGGAACAUCUCCAUCUGAGGUUGAAGGCCUAGACCCGCACAAAUUCAUACCUCCUGAGCUUCACUAUGCUUGUCAUUACUGGGUACACCAUUACAUAUCCUCCAACAGUGGAGAGUGCAAGGCCGAUAAAAUUUAUUCUUUCUUAGAAAAGCACCUGCUCCAUUGGUUGGAAGCCAUGAGUCUCCUUGGCCAUAUCACUCACUGCUUGAAUAUGUUGCAUGAAUUAGAUGCAUGGCUAGAGAAAUAUUCUUGUGAGAAGCUUUCGGACCUUGUCAAGGACUCUUUGAGAUUCAUCCGAACUCAUCUUUCCAUUAUUGACGAAGCCCCGCUGCAAGUCUACUCGUCGGCAAUAGUAUUUUCGCCAAAAAAGAGUAUCGUGAGACGUCUUUUCGCAAGUCGAGUCCCUAAGUGGCUCCUAGCCUGGCCAGGAGUCGAGAAUGAAUGGGGACCGUGCUCCCUGGUAGUAGGCCACAGUGCUGUAGUAAAGUCAGCUAUCUUUUCGCCUGAUUCAAAAACCAUUGCAUCGGUAUAUGCUGAUAACACUAUCCGAAUUUUAUCAACAAAGACCGGUAAAUGCGAGCAUGUUUUAGCAGGACACUCUGGUGAAAUCCAGUCAGUGGUCUUUUCACAAGAUUCCGAGAUCCUUGCCUCGAGCUCAACUGGCGGUACGGUACGGAUAUGGAAUUUGCAGACGGGAGACUGUGACGAAGUUUUGAAGUAUCCCUCACCUACGGGAAAGGCUUUUGCCUUCUCUCGCGAUUCGAAGGUGUUGCUCACAGCAAGUGGAAACCAAUUCAUAAGAAUCUGGAAGACACAGACUUGGGACCAACUCAUUCUGAAGGGACACACAGGAGCGGUCAACUCAGCUGUCAUUUCACAUGACUCGAAGAUGUUAGCCACGUCCUCGGACGAUGCAACAGUGAGACUAUGGAACACACAAACUGGUAAAUGCGAGAAGAUAUUCAACGGCCAUACAGGAAAGAUCAAUGUAGCAGCCAUCUCACCUGACAAUCAAAUGGUUGUCUCUGCUUCUGUCGACCAAACUCUGCGGAUCUGGGAUGUAGAGGCGAAUAAAUGCAAAAGGGUGCUCAGGGGCCACGACUGCCAUGUCGUAUCAGCGGUAUUCUCUCCCGACUCACGAAUGAUAGCUUCUGGAGACGCGGGGGGCCGCAUAGGCAUCUGGGAUGCUCGUAGUGGAGCAUUUUUGCACGAACUGAAAACCUCGUGCGACGGUAGAUUCAAGUCCCUGAUGUUUUCAGAAGACGCCACAAAACUUAUUGCCGUCCUCAGCACAAGAACCGCUCUGAUACAUGAUAUUCAGAGUGGAAAUUGUGAACAAGCCUUUGACUUUUCGUCCUCAAGUUUGAAUUGGUCAGUUGAGCUUUCUCAUGACUUGACAAUGAUUCUUACAGCCUCUUCGGAUGACAAUACUGUCCGAAUAUGGGAUCCUCACACCCAAAGAAAAGGCCUUGAAAGCGCCAAAAGCUUAAAUGAAAAGGUUCUGGAAGUGGAUCUAUCACCAAAUGGGAGAGCAGUGAUUUCCGCUAUGUUGACACUGGCCGAGGUUCCUUUGAUCGGCUGA